AUGUUUUCAUAGUUAAAGAACUCUAAAUCUCAUUCAAAAACUUAAAUGUUAUACAAAUUAUUAGAAUAAACAGAAUUGUAUUCAUUAACUAAAGAUAUCAUGGAUAAAGAUUUAAAGGAAUUUUGGGAAUUAUGUUAAACUGAUAAAAAUGAACUUUAUUAUGAUUUCCAAGAAAAUCCAAUUCAUAAAGUUCAACUAUUUUUAUUCAAAAUAGAUGAAAUACUAAACAAUCCUUUCAAUUUACUAAUGAAAUAAAAAAUAAAAAGUCUAUUAAUUGAAUUGUUUGCAUAAGGAACAUAAGUACCUUAAAUUUUUGGUUUUAUUUAAUUCAAAGAAAACAAAAUACUAUUGUAAUGUAGUCUCAAUAUUGAAUAACAAUUGAAAACUUUGAUUAAAUAAGAUUAAAAAUGUUAACAGAUAGAUUACUAUUAUAAAGAACUAUUAAUGAAUUCAGAAGAACUAUUAAUAUAAAUCACCUUAAAUUAUUUAUAUGAAGGAAUGAUGGAAGAAAAUUAAUUAGAAUUGAAAAAUAAUUAACAAUUAGAUUCAAUUUAUAAUAUUACGAAUUAGAUUAAUAAAUAGAAAUUUUCAAAGAAUGGAUAAAAAAUAAUAGAAUUAAUUUAAAAUAUUAAGAAAAGAGUAAAUUAAUUUUAAGAUUAAAUCACAAUAAUGAAACCAAUUGGACAUAAUAAUUAAAAUUAAUAAAUGGAAAAACAAACAGACAAUAUUGUUAGUGCAUAAGAAAAUGGUAAAUAUUUAAUAUUUAAAAUAUUGUUAUUAUUAUUGUUAAAAUAAGAAAUUGCUUUGCCAGAUAUAAUUAAACUUUUUAAAAUUAGUUAUGUUUGUAAAUAAUAACAUAUGGAAGAUAGAAAAGGUUUUAUAAAAGUAUAUAUCUCUUAAUAAUUGAUAUUUUAAAUUAGUUUGAUGGUCAAAAUUAAAUAAGAUGCAGAAUUAUUAAAAAUAAAUUCAUCAUUAUCUUACUAUGAUGAAUCAAGUAUAAGGGCAGUUAAAUAAGCUAUCAAAUAACAUUUCCCAGAAUAUGAAUACAUAAAAUUCAAUUAGGUUAUCAAAUCUUCAUUAGAAUUAUUGUUAAAAAAAUUUGAUGAAAAUUAUGAAUAGAUAUGUGCUACAAUGGAAGAUAGUAAUGUUUAAAUUGUAUUAAAAAAGAUUUAUAAAAUUUGUGGUAAAUAUUUUUCGAAGAUUGAAGCUGGUAUAAUAACAUUUUAGAAUGCUUAAUAAAAGUUUUUGAAGAAUAAUAUGUUAGAAAUAGGAUAUUUACUUUAUUAAAUAUAAAUUAAGAUUGAUAAAAAACUUAAUAAUUAACCUAUUAUAACAUAUUAAAAAUAAAGUUUAGAAGAAUAAAAUAAUUAUUAAUAGAUAAAUUAUUAGAGAUCAAUUUAUGAAAAAUAAUUAAUUUAAUAUGGAAUAAUAAAUCCUAUAUUUUUUAAAUUCAUUCAAAAUUUAAUACAAAAUUAAAUUCCAUUUCCAGAUAUGUUUUAAUUUCUAAAAAUGGGAUGUCAUAGAUUAUUAAUUCAUUAUAGAAUAGAAUCUACUAGAAAAUUAACAUUAAAAAAAAAGUUCAUUGAAUUUGUAAAACAAAAUUAUGAUCUUACUAUGACUGAUGAUAGAUAUAUAAAUGUAGAAUUAUUAAAGACAAUAGAUACUGAAAAAUAUGUGAGAAAAGAAGGUCUUGCUUGGCCAUUAUUAUUAUAUGAAUAAUGUAAACUUAUUUAUGAAAACAGAGAAAGAUUCAAAAAGAAAUUAUAAUAAUUAGGAAGUAAUAAGGAUUUCCAAGAAAUUAUAUAAUAAUAUGUUGGUUAAUUUGAAUCUAAUAGUAUAAAAUUUAAAUUACAGCAAUAUUUAUUAGAAUUGAAUAAUUAUAUUAAAUAAUUAAAGAACUGA